GUUGGAACGAAAUGAAUGACAAAAUGUUCAGCAAAUCUCCAACUGAGACGGAGGAGUACAUGAAUGAGCGAGAUAAUAUGAAUACCAAUAGUAAUAAGCAUUCUCUACUAAUUAUUUUUGGGCAACUACAUGUUUCCUUAAUAAUAACAACUCCUACAUAUUGCAUGUAGUUAUUUCAAUAUUACGCUCGUUUUCUCUUUAUCAAUCUCCUUACUCCUUCUUCAUUCUUCUGCGGAUCAUAUAGUAAACUUCUAUAUCAUUUCUCUACUCAUUCUAAAUCUCCUACAACAAACAGUCAAUUUCUUGUUGCACUGAACUACUGCUGGAUUUAAAAGUGUUUUAUGGGACUAGAACUUGUGAAUACUUUACAGACACCAACAAAAGAGGCCCUUAAUGUAGUUCGAUUCAAUACGACGGGAAAUUAUGUUCUGACAGGGGGGAACGACCGGCUCGUUCGUAUUUGGAACUCUUAUACGAAACUAUGUAUACGCGAAUUUCAAGGACACCUAAAAGAAGUACUCGAUAUCGAUGUAGUUGAUGACAGUAGCAAAUUCGCAUCCUGCGGCGGUGACAGAUCAGUCCUAUUAUGGGACGUAAUGACUGGAAAUGUUCUUCGGCGUCUAAGUGGGCAUUUGUCUCGAGUGAACACUGUUUGUUUCAACGAUGAUUACUCGGUGCUAGCAAGCGGUUCCUUCGAUUCCACAGUAAGACUGUGGGAUUGCAGAUCAACAUCCACCUUGCCCAUUCAAGUAUUAAAUGACGCUAGAGACAGUGUAGCUGCAGUAAAAAUCACCGGUCACUUUAUUCUCACUGGCUCGACAGAUGGAUGCUUACGAAUUUACGACUUGCGACAAGGAAAAUUAUCCACUGAUAUGCUUCAAGUGCCAAUCACUAGUCUUCAGCCAUUCGAAAAAAAACCAUCCGUUCUGGUUUCCACAUUAAAUUCGGCAAUUCACUCGGUUGAUGUUAGCUCGGGGGCAUAUCAGCACCAUUACACAGGUCAUGACAAUAAACAGUAUCGAGUACGUUCGUGUAUUACCACAGAUGAAAGCUGUGUAAUUAGCGGCAGCGAGUCAGGAAGCGUAUUUGUUUGGAACAGUGAAAAUGAGCAAUUGCUCUAUCAAUAUAAUGUAGCAAAUGAUGCUAUUGUAAGCGACGUCUGCUACCAUUCAACAAACAAACUAUGUGCUGCCCUUUCCAAUGGAGACGUCGCUGUUUUCAGUUUACAUAAAUAGAAUAUAUGAAUGCUUUUACACCCACCAAAAAAAAGUUAAGAUAUGUUGCCUUAAUUUCUUAGAAGGCUUUUAUAGUAAGAAAAUAUUGACAUAAUGUGGAA